AUGGUAGGCUCAGUGGUUGAGGCGCACCGGCAAUCGGUUGGGUGUCUCCGAAACCUGUCACAGCUUCUUGCCUGGGCAUCUAAUACCAGCGGGGGCCUGAUAUUUUAUUCUCGAGAGGAUGACGUGCUCACGUCCACUCGUAUCUCGUACGCUGAGCUUCUUGCAGAUGCAGGCGAGAAGGCUCGUUUAAUCGGCCAGAUUACAGGCCUCUCGUCUGAAUCGAUCAUUCUGUUGCAUUUUGACACUCAGCGAGAGGUCAUCGAGUGGUUCUGGGCUGCGACACUUGCUGGCUAUCUGCCAGCCAUCUCUACUCCCUUUGUAGACGAUACAGCACGGCGCAAAGCCCACUUGCUACACCUGCACGCACAGCUUAAUCAGCCGGUUGUGCUCACAAGCAAGCGACUAGUCCCUGAAUUUCUCGGACUCGAGGAGCUCAGACUACAUGAUGUUGAGUCUCUCCUGUCAUCUGCCGCUAAAGACGGCCUUAUCCAGUAUCUCGGGGUCCAGAAACUGGCUGAGGACGUGGCAGUCCUCAUGUUGACUUCGGGGAGCACGGGAAGUGCGAAGGCAGUACCUCUGCGUCACGGUCAGCUUCUCACGGCUAUCCAGGGAAAGUCUACUCAUCAUGGCACAUUACCGGGCGAUGUCUUUUACAACUGGGUCGGUCUGGACCACGUUGCUAGUUUGACCGAGAUUCAUCUACAUGCAUUGAUACUUGGCAGCGAUCAAGUCCAUACUGCGGCAUCAGAGCUCCUCCGCAAUUCACUGCAGUUUGUUCGAUUGCUGGACACUCACAAAGUGGCCUACACAUUUGCGCCCAACUUCUUUCUAACCAAGGUGCUUGACAGCUUGAGGGAAAACCCAACGUUCACGGCAGACCUGUCGAGCCUUAAGGCUCUGAUUUCCGGCGGGGAGUCUAAUGUGGUUGUGACCUGCGACAAGCUCACGAGGGAACUUCGCCGUCGAGGUGUCCAAGCCGAAGUGAUUCGUCCCGGCUUCGGGAUGACCGAGACAUGUGCAGGAUCCAUCUACUCUCGGGCUUGCCCAUCGUAUGAUAUCAGGCAGUCCCUUGAAUUUGCGAGUCUUGGGUCCUGCAUCCCCGGCAUGCACAUGCGUAUUAUGAGCAUCACAGAGCCCGGAAAGCUAGCUGCACCCGGCGAGUCUGGAGAGCUCCAAGUCGCAGGUCCGGUCGUAUUUGACCACUACUACAACGAUGAGACGGCGACCAGAAACGCCUUCACGCCGGAUGGCUGGUUCAUAACUGGGGAUUUGGGCUGGAUCGACGAUGCCGGCAACUUGAACCUGGCUGGUCGGACCAAAGACACCAUCAUCGUCAAUGGUGUCAAAUGGAGCUCGACCGAGCUAGAAGCGGCUAUUGAGGAGGAAGCGGUUUCUGGCCUGGUGCGUUCGUUCACAGUAGUUGUGCCGACCCGCCCUCCUGGCUCGGCCACUGAGGAAAUUGCUGUCGUCUACUCGCCGGCGUACGCCCCCGAGGACUAUCACGCGAGAUAUGAGACCGCGCAGGUCAUUUCCAAGACAGUCUCACUGCUGACAGGCACAAAGCCUGCGCGCCUUAUCCCCCUGCCUCAGUCACUUCUGGAGAAGUCGUCGCUUGGUAAAAUAUCGCACAGCAAGGUGCGUGCUGCACUCGAGAGCGGCGAGUACGCGUCGAUUGAGCGCGCAGACCAGUUGAUUCUGGCGCAAUACCGCCAGUUCAAGUGGCGCCCUGCAAAGUCUGACAGUGAAAGAGCUGUGCAGAAAGCCUUGGUUGAGUUUCUGCAAGUGCCUGCUGAGGGGAUUAAUAUGGAUGAUUCUAUUUACGACUUGGGUGUGAGCUCGUUGAAUCUGAUAUUGCUGAGGUCUACGCUUCAGAGGAUGCUAGACCCCAAGAUCGAUAUCCCAUUGUCUAUCAUAUUGAAUAAUCCGACCCCUGGAGCAAUCGCAAGGUCGAUUGACUCAUCCCGCUCUAGUUUAGCUGGAUACAAUGCGAUCGUGCCACUGCAGCAACACAGACACGGUGGUACACCGUUGUUCUGCAUCCACCCUGGAAGCGGCGAAGUUCUGGUAUUCGUUGCCCUUGCUGCACACUUCCCGACGCGGCCCGUGUACGCGCUGCGUACUCGAGGUUAUGGCUCAAACGAGCAAUUAUUCGGCUCCAUCGAGGAAACUGUGGAGACGUAUGCAACACAGAUUCGCCAAGUUCAGCCGCAUGGUCCGUAUGCAAUCGCAGGGUACUCCUUGGGAUCCACACUGGCCUUUGAAGUAGCCAAAGUGCUGGAAGCGCAGGGAGAGGAGGUCAAAUUUCUGGCGAGCAUUGACUAUCCGCCGCAUAUUGCCCACUACGUGCGCGACUUGAAUUGGACCGACGUGCUGCUACAUAUUGCCUUCUUUCUUGAGCUUAUUGACGAGAAGACCAUGGUCGAAGUCACACCUUACCUGCACACGCUCGACCGACAGACUGCACUGACACACAUCCUGAAUAUAGGCGAUGCUGAGCGGGCGAGAGCCCUAGCCAUCGACACCAAGCAUCUGGGGCUCAUUAGCGAUAUCGCCGAGAACUUCCGCGUCAACGUCAAGACGUAUAAGCCCCAAGGAAAAGUGCAGCAUCUGGACGUCUUCGUGGCAGACCCGCCUACCUAUGCAGCCCGCGAUCGAAAGGAUUGGAGAGAGAACAAGCUUGGGCGCUGGGUCGACUUUUGUGAGACAAAAGUCGAGUUCCAUGAUUGCCCUGGUAUUCACGCCAAGAUGCUUAACAGGGAGCAUAUUGCCGGCUUUGCAAAGGUCUUCAAGGCAGCGAUGCGGCGCAGGGGCGUUUAGAUUUUCUUCCGUUUCUAUAUCAUUUACCAGUUAUUAAGAGCGCUCUAUAUACCUCG